GCAGCUGAAACGACCGCGUCCGCCAUGCUUUCGAGGAGGACGCCCACACGGCUCGCGCUCGCGCUCUUCGCCUGCUGCUGCACCCACGCCGCUGGGCUGCUCGUCGCGCCUGCGGCCCGCGCGGCGUCGCCCGCCCGCGCUGCUGAGCCGCGCAUGAUGGCCAAGAAGGUGGCGAAGAUCAUCAAGCUGGCCAUUGAUGCGGGCAAGGCGAACCCGGCGCCGCCGAUCGGGCCGGCGCUCGGCGCGGCGGGCGUCAACAUCAUGAUGUUCUGCAAGGAGUACAAUGCUCGCACGCAGGACAAGAUGGGCACCAUCGUCCCCGUCGAGAUUUCUGUCUACGACGACAAGUCUUUCACGUUCAUCAUGAAGACGCCGCCCUGCUCCGCGCUGAUAAAGAAGGCGGCGAGCGUGCCGAAGGGGUCGGGCACGCCCAACGCCGCGCGCGACGCCAAGAUCGCAGGCAGUAUCACGAUGGCUCAGGUGGAGGAGAUCGCAAAGGUGAAGCUCCCCGACCUGAACACCAACAAGCUCCAGUCGGCGAUGAACACCGUGAUGGGCACCUGCGCAAACAUGGGGAUCGAGGUCAAGGACUGACCUGGCCGCCUCCGAGGCGUGAGGGCGUGGCGAUGAGGCUGGUUGGUGGCCGGAUGUAUUGAGGUCGUGAACAGGUUGACGGAGACUGCGGUUUGCGCCACGGCGCAACGCUCUUUUUGUAGUCCAGGGGGCAGCGCGUCUAUCAUCCUCUCAGCUGUCCGUGGCCCGUGUCCGGCGCUCGGUAUGGAACGUACAAAAUCGUGCGUCUCCA